AUGCCCGCAGUCAAGCGAAAGGCCACAACAUCGCCGGUUGUCUCUGAACAACCACGAGGUGAAGCGGCCAUCGAAGCCGACCAGCCGCUCGACGACCUCAUCGAAGCAGGACCGUCAUCCCACAAACGCGCCAACGUCUCGGCAUCUGUCUCACUUGAAAGCCUCGAGAGCAAACUAAGCCAUCUGCCCCUCAACGUAUUAGAACCCCUCUUACCACUUCAGAAGCAGCUUUGUCUUUCUACGCUCGUCGGUAGCCUUCCACCCGUGCCAACAGAGCCGACGCAAUCGAUAGCAUCCACAUCUACGCUUGCCCAAGACCAAGAUGAGGAUGCUGCGGUCUUCACCGACAAAUUCAGUCAUGUUGACGCAAGUCUCACCCCCCAAUUGCAGGCAGAAGCAUGUGUAGGCUUAAAAGACGAGUGGCACAUGCUUCAUAGCAUGCUUCACGCCACAGUCAAGUCGCAGGAGAGCAACAGCUGUUUGCUCAUCGGUGCUUCGGGUUCCGGUAAAUCCUUGCUGGUAGAUUCGGUUCUUGAUUCGAUCUGCAAAAGCAUAGGUGCAGAUGCUCCAUCUUCGAGCAACAGACCCUACUAUCAUGUUCAUCUCGCAGGCACGCUUCAAACCAACGAUCGUUCUGCGAUGAAGGAGAUGGCGCAACAACUUAUCGUGCAAGGCGCCUUCACCGAGCAAGAUAUUGGUGAUGAAAUCAACGUACCAUCUUCGGAUGACGACGAGGCAGAUCAAACUCAGCUACCUACUACAUCGGCCACUGAUCAUGUCUUCGGAGGCGAUGAUCACAAAGGUGAAGAUGAAAAUCAAGAUCAAGAUGACCUCGAACAUGAGGCGGCGCUGGCUGCCGCGGCGGCGAAUGACGAACAGGCCGAAAUCCAAAACGAGCUAGCAGGAGCCAUUCUAUCGUCGCUCAACAACAUCAUCGCCCAUAUCAUCGCACUCCUCUCCAAUACCGCUUCAACAUCAGCAACCAUUACUGACGCAAAUCGCAGUUCCAAAGCCACAAGGAAACCUCUCAUUAUCACACUGGACGACUUUGACCUGUUUACCGCACGACCGAGGCAAGCCAUGCUGUACUGCUUGCUGGACGCGGUACAGGCAGCGUCGUACGGUGCAGGUCUGGCUGUUGUCGGAUUGACCGGUCGAGUAGAUACGGUGGAUUUGCUGGAAAAGAGGGUCAAGAGUCGAUUCUCGCAUCGAAUCUUGCACGUGCGACCGCCAGCGACGUACGACGCAUUCGAACGCAUCGUUCGCAACGCUCUGUCGUCGCUGUCGCCCAACUCAACGCAGGUAUCCUCGAUCUCACCAACCUACCUCGAAAGCUUCUCAGUAGCAUGGAAUUCCGACAUUGCCACCCUGUUCGCCAACCAACAUUUUCGCGAAAUCCUUCACGGGAUUUAUGAGCUGUCCAACGACAUACGCAUGAUCUACCGAGUUCUCACACCCGCUAUCUCAUGCCUAUCCAUUCUCAACCCUGCCAUCAACCUGCCCUUGGUCCUCUCCACAGCGGCAACAGAAGUGGGUCAAGGGAUGAUUCACAUACUUCGCGACCUCACCGAACCCGAAUUGGCACUCUUGAUCGCUAUCAAACAUCUGCAAACACGCGACCGACAGGUGUUCAACUUUGAAAUGUGUUUCGACGAACUUCGCAGAUUCGCCGCUCGAGACGCGAGCGAACGGCAAGCAGCUUCCACCGGAUCGCUUUGCACGGAUGUCUCGGCAGAAGUCACAGCAACAGCAGUAGCAGCUGGCGCAAUAGGCGCAGUAGGCGCAGUAGGAUCGUUGAGCGGUUCGGCGGUGUCUACGCCCUUUUUUGCUGAUCGCAAGUUGGCGUUGAUGUCGUUCCACACGCUGCUAAGUCUGGAGAUUGUCCUGCCGGAGAAUCACGUGUCGACGCUGACGAUCAGCAAUCCAGUUGCAAAGCCGAGUGCAAGCUCGAGCGUCAGUGGAAGUUCGACCGGGAGGGCGAAUCAGAAUACGGUGAGAAAGGAGUUUUGGAAAGUAAGGUGUAUCUUGCCCCCGCAAGUGAUUGUUGCUGCCGUCAAGGAUAAGCAGCGUCAAGUGGCCGUCAGUUCCAGCCUUGUAAAGUGGGCUACCUCCCACGGCUAG